AUGGCGCCGGUGUGGAGCGAGGACGACGAGAUCCUCUUCUUCAAUCUCAUCUGUGACCACAAACCCGCGGGGAAAAACAAGGCGGCCAACCUUGAGAUCAUCGUGACGAAGCUCAAUGAACACCGCCCGGAGCCAUUGGUGACGCAGGACGUCGAGGAUAAGCUCAGCCAGUACUGGGACAUGCAACGAGUGGACGAGAUAGAGGGUCUGGACGACGAGGAGGAAGUUGAAGCGACGCCAAAGUCUACUCCCGCGCCGGAAACGGCCUCGGAAGACGCGGAAGACGGCGACGACGACGCCACCGCCGAACCUGAAGAACAACAAGAGGAAGAGCCAGCGGCGAAGCCUAAGACGCGUAAGCUGACUCGUACUCGGGCCACCAGAACAGCAGCGACAGCUAAGGAGACCACCACUCCUCGGAAACGGACGAGGGGUGCGCCAGUUAAGGACGCUACACCGGCAACCAAACGGGCACGCAAAGACCCACCGAGAAAGGGCCCUGGUCGUCCACCUAAAAAUAGACCUGUGGAGCCUGAGCCUGAAAGCAGUCUGUCCGAGCUGGAAGAUGACGAUGAGGAUGACGCUGAUGAAGAAGAGGAAGAGAAGGAGGUUAAGACUAAGCCUAAGCCUAGGGCUAAAGCUACCCGCAAAGCUGCUCCUAAACGCGCCGCAACCCGAUCCACGCCUCGCCGCUCGACCAGAAAUAAGUAA